AAAUCCCUGGCUGGCAGGUUUGCUAUGAGACAAUUAUAGCCGGCAUAGGAGUUUCCUCUUAGAUCUUUCUUUUUGACUGUCUUGUUUGAAGAAUUUAAGAUCAAAUGCGAGGAAUAGUUGAGACUACUCAUAGAGUUGGGGAAGAAGUGAGGAAGCAAGAUGCAAAUCUCAAAUCCAUCAAACUUUUGCUUGAUGAUGCUGAGAGAAAGGACAUGAUAGACGAAGGUGUCAAACUUUUGCUUGAUCAGUUCAAAGAAGCAUGCCUUAACAUGGAGGAUGCAUUGGAUGAGUGGAGAACUGUAAUUCUGGAGGUGCAAAUAACUGCGGUUAAAAGUGCUUAUUUCCUUCCAAGGAAGGUGAUCAAUGGAAGGUUGGAUGAGAUUGUUAAGGAGAAAAAUAUAUAUCAGUUGACCUGCAACGAUAAUUCCCAAAUGGAAUUGGUAGGCCAAGAGUACUUUGACAUCCUAGCAUCUCGUUCUUUCCUCGAACAUAUUGAAAUGGAUUAUGCAGUUGCCUUUACCACCGAGGCUUUGCGUAGUUUCUUUAAGCAAUCGAGACGUUUAAGGUUAUUGGAUUUCAGUUGCUCAAAAGGUCCUUGGACUGGAGACAUUCUAGAAGCAGUAGGGGAAUUGACAUAUUUGAGGCUCUAUGGUUGGGGUGUUAACAGGAAACCGCCUGAAACAUUCAGCAGGUUGUAUAGUUUGCAACAUUUGGACCUUGUGGGGUCUGAUAAUCUUGAGAGAUUAUCAGAUGGGAUAGGAAAUUUAAUCAACUUGAGACAAGUACAAGGGAUGAUUGUGAGAGCUGACCGCAAUGAUCCUGAAGAAUUUAGCACUGGAGAUCUGGCAAACUUGAACAAGCUUCUUCUGCUGUUCAUGACAGUGGUGGGGAAUGACAUCGACAAGCUUGAGACUAGAAAGGUAAAGCUGGAGAAACUACAUGAGUUGAGGAUGUACGUCGCUGGGCAUGUUGAGGAAGACGACAUACUUGAAGUCAUAAACCAAACUUUGGUUCCAACUUUUAUGCGUUCUUAUGACUACUGGUUCUAUCCAACGCGAGAAAGAAAUAAUAGCUUUCUUUUCUUCUUUUAACCCGUUUGCAAUUUCAUUCAGGGUAGCCAAACUCAACUCUUUCAGCUGGAGAACAUUAAUUGUGUUUUUCAUUCAUUUCCUAAAUAGAAAGUUUGAGAAUGUGGAGAAAAGAUGAGAGAGUCGGCUUCCAUGUUUGUGUGUGUUUUUUUGGACUAGGCACCAUGUAAAACAUUAUAUGUUGAUGUAAGGGUGUGUUUUAGGUAGUUAAAAAGUUAAAAUUAAAAAUCAUAAAUCAUA